AAGCGUGAUGUCAUGCGAGCUGAUCCGGUUGGUCCUCGGCGUCGGACUGCUUUCUGCGGGCGCUUCGGGGAAAUGGCGGCGCUGAGGAUUCUGUUUCGCGCUGGGAAGAGCACCCUUGGCCUGCGGACGCGGAGGGAGUUUCACCGGACGGCGCCCGCGGCCGCUCAGUUGACUAUUCGAGAUGCUCUGACCCAGGCCUUGGAUGAAGAAAUUGAGAGAGAUGAAUUAGUAUUUCUCCUGGGAGAAGAGGUAGCACAGUAUGAUGGUGCUUACAAGGUGAGUCGUGGACUUUGGAAGAAAUGGGGAGAUAAGAGAAUCAUAGACACUCCAAUCUCAGAGAUGGGCUUUGCAGGAAUUGCAGUUGGUGCUGCCAUGGCUGGCUUGAGGCCCAUCUGUGAAUUCAUGACCUUCAACUUCUCGAUGCAAGCAAUCGACCAAAUUAUAAAUUCUGCUGCCAAAACAUACUACAUGUCUGCAGGUGCUGUGCCUGUUCCUGUGGUCUUCAGGGGUCCAAAUGGUCCCUCUGCAGGAGUGGCUGCUCAGCAUUCACAGUGCUUUGCAGCAUGGUAUAGCCACUGUCCUGGGCUGAAAGUCAUUAGUCCUUGGAGUGCUGAAGAUGCAAAAGGCCUGUUGAAGUCUGCUGUUCGAGAUAAUAAUCCUGUUGUGUUUCUGGAAAAUGAAUUGAUGUAUGGUGUGCCCUUUGAAGUUUCCGAGGAAGCUCAGUCAAAAGACUUCCUUAUCCCAAUAGGAAAGGCAAAAGUUGAAAAAGCAGGAACCCAUAUCACCUUGGUUGCACACUCCAAAAGUGUAGGCAAUUGCAUGGAUGCAGCUGUUGCUCUUGCAAAGGAAGGUAUUGAUUGUGAGGUAAUUAAUAUGCGUACCCUCAGACCCAUGGAUAUUGAAACUAUUGAAGCCAGCGUGAUGAAAACCAAUCAUUUGGUAACAGUUGAGUCUGGUUGGCCACAGUUUGGAGUGGGUGCUGAAAUCUGUGCCAGAGUUAUGGAAGGCCCAGCAUUUAAUUACCUGGACAGCCCAGUUGCACGAGUUACGGGUGCAGAUCUCCCCAUGCCUUAUGCAAAGACCUUGGAAGAGAACAGUGUACCUCAGGUUAAGGAUAUAAUUUUUACAGUCAAGAAGAUACUCAAUGUGUAAUUGCAUCUGUGUUGCUUUUUCCGAGUCUGCCAUCUCUAUUUCAUCAGUGUACGACGUUAACAGUGUGUAUGUCAUCCUGCAGCUAGGAAAGAAUGUACAAAAUAUUUGGUGCCAACACAACAGUUGAAAUUUUAGAAAAAUUUUCAGGUCCAUCCACAAGUUAAAAGGUACAAUAUUACUGUGAGGACUUUUAUUGAGUGGUGAUUUCUUUCUCAGUUGAUGUAUAUUUGAAAUAUUGAGGGGGGAGAGAACUGUCUAUUUUGAAGCAAUGCAUACCACUCUGCAGAUGUUAAGAGACCUCAAAAGUUGAAUUAUAAUCAAAUUAUGAAGGAGAGAGAAGACUAUUAUAAUGGUAAUAUAUUUUUGCCUCUUAAAUUUUUAUGUAUCCCCAACACUGUUUACUGGUUGUCAAACACUAUAAAGUUACAAAUCUGUUUUAAGCCAUAUUUUGCAUCUGUCUGUUAGCAACCAGAUUGACACAUAAGCCUUGAAGUUCGUAUGUAAUAGUAUAUUGAUGAAAACAAAUCGCUAGCUUUGUUUAACUGUAACGUUGUCUUGAUACAUCAUGAUAUAUUGGCAGUUUCCAUUCAACAUAUAGUUUAUAAAACUGUUACAGCAUGUUCCUUUUGGACUAUUUAUGAAUAUGUAUUAAAAAAACACUCCUGGUUUUAAAAAUUAACCUCUUCCAAAUCAGCCGUUGUUUGAGUUGCACAUCUAUUAAUUAUAAUUAUACCAUUGUAAUUUUUUUGCAAUGUAUAUAACUACAUUAAAAUUAAAAGAUCUAAACAAAUACUGUUUCUUUAACAAGAAUAAGUAGAUAUCCCGCGCAAAACCUGUUUAGCAACUACAAGUAUAAAUGUUACUGUGAAGACUUUUUUGAACACAGUUCCUCAUGCUUGAAGGAGCUAGAUUUAAAAAUUCAGUCUGGAAUUUUGACUGUUGCCUAGAGGCAGGAUGAACUGUCUCUAUUAUACUUAUAUAAAUUAAAUUUGCUGUAAUUUUU